UUAUUUGUGGCGAGCGUCGCGUUUGGAGCGCACGUGUAAGCGAAACAGUAGCGUAAGGGGGAGGCCUGAAAGAGAUAAAAUAAAGCAAAAUCGAAAAAAGUAUAUAAUGCACAGUGGCAAAAAAAACAAUUGAAAUUAAUUUACGCGCCGCUGCCCAUCUGCAUAAGUUCAAUGAAGGAGGCAAAAGCAGAGUGAAACAAAACCGCGCAAACAUACAGUGUCGUCGUCGUCGUCCCUCUCGUUUCCACUCAUGUGAAUGUCAGUCCGAAAAGGAAGAAAGUGCAAUACAAAAUCGAAUUCAAUUGCACAAAAAUACAAAAAAUAAAACCGCAAAAGAGUUAAAGAGGAAUCCAAAAACAAUCGCGUGUUCAUGCAAAUCGAAGACUGGAAAUGAGUUUUCUUGGGCUCAAGUUUUCUUAAAUUUUCCCAGUGAUGUGUGUUCAUUCAUGAAUUGCGUUCUGUGUCGAUGCUUUUCCACUUGUCAAUUGCUACGUCGCAUUGUCUUGGUCCAUAUGCGCACUCGUAUUCUGCGUCUCAAAGAGAACAAUAUUAUUAGUAACUACAGCAGUCACAAGAAGAGGAAACUUUCAACAACAAAGACCAGCUGAAGCAUCGAAUCGAAACGAAACGAAAGAAAUAAAGAACUUUCCGAGUGCAUCGCGUGUGUGAGAAUCGUCAUUCGGGAGCGCAGUCAACAGAGCUAUAGAACCUCUCCCGAAGAAGCACAUAGUAGAAUAUCCCCAUAAAUAUGACACUCUUGCCCGAUAUAAAACCCACAGAUGCCGCCUGCUGUGGCGGUGGGGCACACAGUGAUGCCAGCAGCACCUCCGGUGCCAGUCACAAGGGACACCACCAUGGCAAGCACCAGGAUAGUGGCUGCCUCGGCAUAAAUUGUUGCACCACAGCCGCCAGUUCGGCGCUUUCCAUCGAUGAGACAUCUUCCACAUCAUCCCGGGGUUCGGAUGCCCUGGCAGAGAAGGUGAACAACAAUUUGAACGUCUUCCAGAGGCCCAACUAUCAUGAGGGCAUGUCUCAUGCUAAUUUUGAUCACUGCGAGAAGGUUGAUAUUGAGUUUUCCGAUGUGCGAUAUCAAGUGAAAAAGUUCUCAUUUCCAGAAAGGAAAUUUGUGACCAAGGAAAUCCUCCAUGGCCUGAAUGGUAGUUUUCGUUCUGGAGAACUGACAGCCAUCAUGGGUCCCUCGGGGGCGGGCAAGAGCACGCUGUUGAAUGUCAUGUCUGGCUUCUGUGCCACUGGAGUGUCGGGCAAUAUACGAGUUAAUGGCAAGCCCAUGGCUCCCAGCUCCGAGAGAUUCCGUCAACUGUUGUGCUACAUCCAUCAGGAUGAUCUGCUGCGUCCCCAGUUAAUGGUGGGCGAAAUAAUGCUCCUGGCUGCACAUCUUAAACUCGGUUUUAAGUUCAGCAAGACCUACAAAUUGGAUUUGAUCAAACACAUCUUAUCGCUGCUGGGUCUGGAGCAUCGCUAUAAUGUGCAUACGGCAAAGCUUUCGGGUGGACAGAAGAAACGUCUCGCCAUUGCCCUGGAGCUGAUAAGCAAUCCUCCAGUACUCUAUCUGGAUGAGCCAACGACUGGUCUAGACAGCUCGUCGUGCAGUUCUUGUGUGGCGCUGCUGAAAAAACUGGCCUCCCAGGGCCACACCAUUGUUUGCACCAUUCAUCAGCCCAGUGCUUUGAUCUUUGAGAUGUUCGACAAGCUCUAUACGGUGGUCGAUGGUCACUGCAUGUACCAGGGCCCAGUGCGAGAGCUCGUGCCAUUCCUUGCCGAACAGCAGCUCGUCUGUCCCAGCUAUCACAAUCCAGCUGAUUACCUGCUGGAGGUGGCCGUCGGCGAGCAUCAACGUGAUCUGAAUGAAUUGAUCCAUGCGGCGAAUAAAAAGUAUUACGAGGAUGUUGAUCGAUAUCGUUAUAUGAGCAGUGCGGAUGUCUCACGGCUCAUGGCAACAAUAAAUGACAACAUUGGCGGCAAAGAGCUGAGCACUUCGAAUCAAAUGUUGCCAACCGUUGCUCUGGCGCAAUUCUCCAGCUACGACUAUGUGAAACCGGCACAGCAGGAACUGGCGCUGGAGGAGAUCAAGGCACUCAGUGGCCCCACGGAGCUGGAGCUGGUGGAUCAAGAGCAAUCAGAGAAUCAGCAACAGCAGCUGCCACUCGCCAAUGUCAAAGCAACCGUCAAAGAGUUGGCCACUGCACCGAAUGCCGCCAGCUCGGCCUCGUUCCUCAUGCAAUAUCUGCUCCUGAUGCAACGUAUCUUGAUCUGUGCCCGUCGCAGCUACUUUCUGCUUCUAGCUCGGAUCUUUUCGCACAUUUUCAUUGGCGUCGUCUUUGGCUAUCUCUACCUGAACGUGGGCAAUAAUGCACAGAGCGUGCUUGGCAAUUACGUCUAUCUGUACGGCUCGACACUGCUCUUGGUCUACACGGGCAAAAUGGCUGUGGUCUUGACAUUUCCGCUGGAAAUAGACAUGCUGACAAGGGAGCACUUUAAUCGCUGGUAUAAACUAGGGCCGUACUUCCUAUCGCUGAUCUCCUUCGAGAUACCCUUUCAGAGCCUCUGCACCGCCCUGUACAUCAUCAUCAGCGUUCAUUUGACGGGUAACGAUAGCGUAGAGUCUUUUCGCAUAUACUACUUUAUGCUGCUGGGAAUAAUGGCUUCGUUGAGUGCCCAGGCCUGGGGCUUCUUCGUGGGAGCCACGCUGCCAACAAAGCUUGCCGUAUUUUUGGGACCCAUAUUAGCGGUGAUGUUCUCUGUGUUUGGCUUUUGUACACGAUACAUAGACAUCACACCGCUGUUCCGUUGGAUGUGGCAUUUGAGCUAUUUCCGGGCCGGAUUCCAUGGUGCUUUGAAUGCGAUCUAUGGGAUGGAUCGCGCUUUCCUCGAGUGUCCGGAGAAUGCGAUGUACUGUCAUUUCAGGAGUCCCAAAGUGUUUCUCAAGUACAUGAUGAUCUCGGACGUGCACAUGUCCGACUGUCUGCUGCUCAUGGGCAUAGUGAUCGGGGUGAUGCAUGUCCUGACCAUCCUCACGCUCUGGCGCAAGCUGAACAAACGAUAG